UGCUUCUUCUCCCUUUGACCCUUUGAAGGAACAGCAGACCGGGUGGAUGUUACAGUGCAGUUUAUUAAUACGUACAGUAGGAACUUCAGCCUGUUUGUGUGACACUGAAGCGCAUUCUAAGACUUAUUAAAAUUAUCUGUAAUGUCGGACAAGGUGUGAUUUGAACAGACGCACAUGCAAGUCACCCACCUGAGCAGGGAAAAGUAUCUGAAUCUGUUGUUGUUGGGACGUGUGCCAACGCUGUUAGGGUUGUUUUGUUCAUAGCGCGCUGUUGAACGGGUCCCUGUUAUAAUCUUAAUGGGCAGCGGGGCUUUGAAUUUUUACGAGGUUUCUGGGUUUUUUUUACGAGCUUUUUAUUGAGAUGAUAAACAGGCGAGGAGAGAUGAUUUUCGCCCCGUCACACCAGCCGCUCUGAAACGGGAUCCUGGAGCAGCACCAGCGCUCGGGUUACAUCUGCGCACCACACAUUUAACAUUCAUUCAAAGUGCAGGCCAACGGGGCCCAAAAGCAGCAGCAGGACAGGAUGUCAUUUCACGCACAGAUAAUUAACUCUUUGACGGCGGCUCAGGUGGAAGUGAGACGAAGACUCUCCCCCCCAGCAGCACACAGCGGCGUGUCAGAGACGUUUCAGGGAAAGACGGGGGGAGCCUGAGUCCUGAGAGUGUGUUAGCGGCUUUAGCGCCUCGCUGGCUUUGCUCUCACCACUCAUGAAUAUCUCACGGUUGGCACGGUCGGCUGUGGAAAUGAAAAUGAUUCACGAACGAAGUCUCGGCCGGCUUCUGUCUUUACUGAGUUUCUUCUUGGCUAUUCAUUUGGGAUCCACCUCGACGAGGCCUCCUGACCCAGCUGACAAUCCCCACAACACCACAGGUCUCACAAGUGCAACCACGCCUGCUUCCAAACCCAACUGGAAGGGUACCACGGCAACCGCAGUUAUCCACAGGCCCAACCAAAGCACGUCUGCCACCACCACCACAAUGUCUCUGGACUCUGAACAGAACGGUGUCUCCCACAAUCACACCCAGAACGAAACGGUCUCCAAAUGGAAUGCCACGAUCGCCACAACAGGUUCCACACACAUCAGUGCCGGCACCACUUCUUCAAACUCCACUGAGGACACGGAGGUGCCAGUGGACUCCGAGCUCUCACUGGGUCUCACCACCUCGUCUCCGGUUACUAAAGCGACUACAGCCACGACUCCUCCGGUCAACGCUGCUUCAUCGUCUGUGGCUACAGUCAAGGCCACUAAUCCUCCACCUAUGACUCCCACAACCCAAAGAGCCAGAGUGCCAGGAAUGGUUUCUCCUCGUAACAACCCUGUAUUAGCAUCUACACCUGAGUCCACCACUCUGGGUGAACCUUUCAACCUGAAGCAUUCGAAAAAGACCAUGACCAUAAUCUUCAGUUCUUUAGUGGGAGUCGCAGCUCUUGUGAUACUCUUGUACACCCUGGACAGAUGCAAGCAGAAGAAGACCCAAUACCUACACCGACCCCUCUACAACAACUCAGAGGAAACAGUGGAAAGAUUUGUGCCUGCAGACGACACGCUGGUCAUCUCCGGAGGCCUCUACGAUGGACCUCGGGUCUACAACCCCACUAUGACAACAGCCAAUGAGGACGAAGACUUCCACUGUGACCAGCCUCCAUUUCCCUCCAGAUCCACACAGUUCCAGUUGAAGCUACUGAAGGAGGAGGGAGAGCGGCCGCCAUCUUAUGAGGCCUCUACCUGUCAAUCAUCUCCGCGAAUGGACCAAGAUGCGUAGACCGUUAAACCAAACCCUCCUUCUGCAGGAUGAGGUGCCCAAGCUGACGAAGAGGACCACAACCACCUGGAUACAGGUUUCUUUUGAACGGCCCAGACUGAACAGAAAAGCUCUACCGUAGAAACAGAGAGAGAACAUUUCAGUUGUACGCUUGUCUUGAAAGUGAAACUGGUUUCUUCUCAGGCAGUUAUAAAAUCUAGUUUUUUAUGUAACUUGCCAUAAAACUAACUAUAAGAAGGGGAGUAGAGGGAUUAUAUGGAAUCACAUUUAAUCUCACCAUGUCGUAAGGGUCAGUAUUAAAUGCUCAAAUGCGGCUAGAAAUGGAAAUGGCUGAUAAUGUGAAUACAGUGGGGCAGAGCAGAGAAAUCUAGAGUGCAGUGCUGUAACUGUGACAAUAAACACUUCCGUCUGCA